AUCUAGUCUCCCGCGGCUCAAAUCUACUCCUCCGCGGCCUCGUUCCUCCCUCCCGCGGCCUCGUUCCUCCCUCCCCUCCCGCGGCCUCGUUCCUCCCUCCCGCGGCCUCGUUCCUCCCUCCCCUCCCGCGGCCUCGUUCCUCCCUCCCGCGGCCUCGUUCCUCCCUCCCCUCCCGCGGCCUCGUUCCUCCCUCCCGCGGCCUCGUUCCUCCCUCCCCUCCCGCGGCCUCGUUCCUCGUUCCUCCCUCCCGCGGCCUCGUUCCUCCCUCCCCUCCCGCGGCCUCGUUCCUCGUUCCUCCCUCCCGCGGCCAUCGUUCCUCCCUCCCCUCCCGCGGCCUCGUUCCUCGUUCCUCCCUCCCGCGGCCUCGUUCCUCCCUCCCCUCCCGCGGCCAUCGUUCCUCGUUCCUCCCUCCCGCGGCCUCGUUCCUCCCUCCCCUCCCGCGGCCUCGUUCCUCGUUCCUCCCUCCCGCGGCCUCGUUCCUCCCUCCCCUCCCGCGGCCUCGUUCCUCGUUCCUCCCUCCCGCGGCCUCGUUCCUCCCUCCCCUCCCGCGGCCUCGUUCCUCGUUCCUCCCUCCCGCGGCCUCGUUCCUCCCUCCCCUCCCGCGGCCUCGUUCCUCGUUCCUCCCUCCCGCGGCCUCGUUCCUCCCUCCCCUCCCGCGGCCUCGUUCCUCGUUCCUCCCUCCCGCGGCCUCGUUCCUCCCUCCCCUCCCGCGGCCUCGUUCCUCGUUCCUCCCUCCCGCGGCCUCGUUCCUCCCUCCCCUCCCGCGGCCUCGUUCCUCGUUCCUCCCUCCCGCGGCCUCGUUCCUCCCUCCCCUCCCGCGGCCUCGUUCCUCGUUCCUCCCUCCCGCGGCCUCGUUCCUCCCUCCCCUCCCGCGGCCUCGUUCCUCGUUCCUCCCUCCCGCGGCCUCGUUCCUCCCUCCCCUCCCGCGGCCUCGUUCCUCGUUCCUCCCUCCCGCGGCCUCGUUCCUCCCUCCCCUCCCGCGGCCUCGUUCCUCGUUCCUCCCUCCCGCGGCCUCGUUCCUCCCUCCCCUCCCGCGGCCUCGUUCCUCGUUCCUCCUCCCGCGGGCCCGUCGUUCCUCCCUCCCCUCCCGCGGCCUCGUUCCUCGUUCCUCCCUCCCGCGGCCUCGUUCCUCCCUCCCCUCCCGCGGCCUCCGUUCCUCGUUUCCUCCCUCCCGCGGCCAUCGUUCCUCCCUCCCCUCCCGCGGCCAUCGUUCCUCGUUCCUCCCUCCCUCCCGCGGCCUCGUUCCUCCCUCCCCUCCCGCGGCCUCGUUCCUCCGUUCCUCCCUCCUCCCGCGGCCUCGUUCCUCCCUCCCCUCCCGCGGCCUCGUUCCUCGUUCCUCCCUCCUCCCGCGGCCCUCGUUCCUCCCUCCCCUCCCGCGGCCUCGUUCCUCGUGAGUCCCUCCCUCCCGCGGCCUCGUUCCUCCCUCCCCUCCCGCGGCCUCGUUCCUCGUUCCAUCCUCCCGCGGCCUCGUUCCUCCCUCCCCUCCCGCGGCGGGCCUCGUUCCUCCUUCCUCGUUCCUCCUCCCUCCCGCGGCCUUCGUUCCUCCCUCCCCUCCCCGCGGCCAUCGUUCCUCGUUCCUCCCUCCCGCGGCCUCGUUCCUCCCUCCCCUCCCGCGGCCUCGUUCCUCCCUCCUCCCUCCCUCCCGCGGCCUCGUUCCUCCCUCCCCUCCCGCGGCCUCGUUCCUCGUUCCUCCCUCCCGCGGCCUCGUUCCUCCCUCCCCUCCCGCGGCCUCGUUCCUCCCUCCUCCCUCCCUCCCGCGGCCUCGUUCCUCCCUCCCCUCCCGCGGCCUCGUUCCUCGUUCCUCCUCCCGCGGCCUCGUUCCUCCCUCCCUCCCGCGGCCUCGUUCCUCCCUCCUCCCUCCCUCCCGCGGCCUCGUUCCUCCCUCCCUCCCGCGGCCUCGUUCCUCGUUCCUCCCUCCCGCGGCCUCGUUCCUCCCUCCCUCCCGCGGCCUCGUUCCUCCCUCCUCCCUCCCUCCCGCGGCCUCGUUCCUCCCUCCCUCCCGCGGCCUCGUUCCUCGUUCCUCCCUCCCGCGGCCUCGUUCCUCCCUCCCUCCCGCGGCCUCGUUCCUCCCUCCUCCCUCCCUCCCGCGGCCUCGUUCCUCCCUCCCUCCCGCGGCCUCCCUCCUCCCUCCCUCCCGCGGCCUCGUUCCUCCCUCCCUCCCGCGGCCUCGUUCCUCCCUCCUCCCUCCCUCCCGCGGCCUCGUUCCUCCCUCCCUCCCGCGGCCUCGUUCCUCCCUCCCUCCCGCGGCCUCGUUCCUCCCUCCCUCCCGCGGCCUCGUUCCUCCUCCCGGCCCGUUCCUCCUCCCUCGCGGCCUCGUUCCUCCCUCCCUCCCGCGGCCUCGUUCCUCCCUCCCUCCCGCGGCCUCGUUCUCCCUCCCUCCCGCGGCCUCGUUCCUCCCUCCCUCCCGCGGCCUCGUUCCUCCCUCCCUCCCGCGGCCUCGUUCCUCCCUCCCUCCCGCGGCCUCGUUCCUCCCUCCCUCCCGCGGCCUCGUUCCUCCCUCCCUCCCGCGGCCUCGUUCCUCCCUCCCUCCCGCGGCCUCGUUCCUCCCUCCCUCCCGCGGCCUCGUUCCUCCCUCCCUCCCGCGGCCUCGUUCCUCCCUCCCUCCCGCGGCCUCGUUCCUCCCUCCCUCCCGCGGCCUCGUUCCUCCCUCCCUCCCGCGGCCUCGUUCCUCCCUCCCUCCCGCGGCCUCGUUCCUCCCUCCCUCCCGCGGCCUCGUUCCUCCCUCCCUCCCGCGGCCUCGUUCCUCCCUCCCUCCCGCGGCCUCGUUCCUCCCUCCCUCCCGCGGCCUCGUUCCUCCCUCCCUCCCGCGGCCUCGUUCCUCCCUCCCUCCCGCGGCCUCGUUCCUCCCUCCCUCCCGCGGCCUCGUUCCUCCCUCCCUCCCGCGGCCUCGUUCCUCCCUCCCUCCCGCGGCCUCGUUCCUCCCUCCCUCCCGCGGCCUCGUUCCUCCCUCCCUCCCGCGGCCUCGUUCCUCCCUCCCUCCCGCGGCCUCGUUCCUCCCUCCCUCCCGCGGCCUCGUUCCUCCCUCCCUCCCGCGGCCUCGUUCCUCCCUCCCUCCCGCGGCCUCGUUCCUCCCUCCCUCCCGCGGCCUCGUUCCUCCCUCCCUCCCGCGGCCUCGUUCCUCCCUCCCUCCCGCGGCCUCGUUCCUCCCUCCCUCCCGCGGCCUCGUUCCUCCCUCCCUCCCGCGGCCUCGUUCCUCCCUCCCUCCCGCGGCCUCGUUCCUCCCUCCCUCCCGCGGCCUCGUUCCUCCCUCCCCUCCCGCGGCCUCGUUCCUCCCUCCCUCCCGCGGCCUCGUUCCUCCCUCCCCUCCCGCGGCCUCGUUCCUCCCUCCCUCCCGCGGCCUCGUUCCUCCCUCCCCUCCCGCGGCCUCGUUCCUCCCUCCCUCCCGCGGCCUCGUUCCUCCCUCCCUCCCGCGGCCUCGUUCCUCCCUCCCCUCCCGCGGCCUCGUUCCUCCCUCCCUCCCGCGGCCUCGUUCCUCCCUCCCUCCCGCGGCCUCGUUCCUCCCUCCCCUCCCGCGGCCUCGUUCCUCCCUCCCCUCCCGCGGCCUCGUUCCUCCCUCCCUCCCGCGGCCUCGUUCCUCCCUCCCCUCCCGCGGCCUCGUUCCUCCCUCCCUGGCCUCGUUCCUCCCUCCCCUCCCGCGGCCUCGUUCCUCCCUCCCUCCCGCGGCCUCGUUCCUCCCUCCCUGGCCUCGUUCCUCCCUCCCCUCCCGCGGCCUCGUUCCUCCCUCCCUCCCGCGGCCUCGUUCCUCCCUCCCUCCCGCGGCCUCGUUCCUCCCUCCCUCCCGCGGCCUCGUUCCUCCCUCCCUCCCGCGGCCUCGUUCCUCCCUCCCUCCCGCGGCCUCGUUCCUCCCUCCCUCCCGCGGCCUCGUUCCUCCCUCCCUCCCGCGGCCUCGUUCCUCCCUCCCCUCCCGCGGCCUCGUUCCUCCCUCCCUCCCGCGGCCUCGUUCCUCCCUCCCUCCCGCGGCCUCGUUCCUCCCUCCCUCCCGCGGCCUCGUUCCUCCCUCCCCUCCCGCGGCCUCGUUCCUCCCUCCCUCCCGCGGCCUCGUUCCUCCCUCCCUCCCGCGGCCUCGUUCCUCCCUCCCUCCCGCGGCCUCGUUCCUCCCUCCCUCCCGCGGCCUCAAUCCUCCGUUCCCCGGCCGCAAACCGCUCUCCCGUGGCAGCAAUCCUUCCUCCCGCCGCCACGCCCCAAUCUGCCCGCCGACACGGACGGUCUGCGAGUCGACGCGGACGAUCAGCGCGGCGACGCGGACGGCCGGCGGCGCGCGGCGCGACGCGGACGGCCGGCGGCGCGCGGCGCGACGCGGACGCGCCGCCGCGGACGGCCGCCGCGCGCGGCGGCGCGGACGGCCGCCGCGCGCCGCGGCGGCGCCGACGGCCGCCGCGCGACGGCCGCCGCGCGCCGCCGCGGACGGCCCCGGCGCGCGGCGACGCCGACGGCCCCCGCGCGCCGCCGCGGACGGCCGGCGCGCGGCCGCCGACGGCCCCCGCGCGCGGCGGCGCCGACGGCCGCCGCGCGCCGCCGCGGACGGCCCCGGCGCGCGGCGACGCCGACGGCCCCCGCGCGCCGCCGCGGACGGCCGGCCGCGCGCCGCCGCGGACGGCCGGCGCGCGGCCGCCGACCACCCCGCGCCGUCGCGGACGGCCGUCUCCCCUACCUCCUCCCCCUACUCCACCCUUAA